AUGGCGUGGUAUCACGGGUUUGCAGUAAUAAUCUCUGCUGUUGAUAAUAUGGCUAUGCGUAGAUUCGGUGCCAGUACUCAGGGUAAGAAGCCCAAGGACCUCACUGAGGAACAGAAACAGGAAAUUAAGGAAGCUUUCGACCUCUUCGAUACGGAUGGAUCUGGUUCUAUUGAUGCCAAGGAGCUCAAGGUCGCCAUGCGUGCUCUUGGUUUCGAGCCUAAGAAGGAGGAAAUUCAGAAGAUGAUAGCAGAUGUUGAUACUGAUGGUUCUGGACAGAUUGAGUACGACGAGUUCCUCAAGAUGAUGACUACUAAAAUUCUGAAUAGGGAUCCUAAAGACGAGAUCCUCAAAGCCUUCAGGCUCUUCGAUGAUGAUGAGACAGGCAAGAUCACCUUCAAGAACUUGAAGCGUGUUGCUAAGGAGCUUGGAGAGAAGAUGACCGAUGAGGAGCUACAGGAGAUGAUAGAUGAGGCAGACCGUGAUGGUGAUGGAGAAGUGAGUGAAGAGGAGUUCCUCCGUAUUAUGAAGAAGACUAAUUUGUUUUAAUCCAAAUAGUAUAUCCACCGUGACCAGAUGGUGUUACAAAAGACUGUAUUAUCAUUCGUGUCUGCUCAUCAUCACCCGUAUGCUCUGAUUAACGUGCACGGAAUGAUGAUGAGCUUCGAGGUAUUUCAGCACCAUGAGGAGGUUAUUGUAUAUCCUUGAUGGUAGAAGAAUUAGUAACAGUCUCGUU